GCGAGAAAGGCACGAAGUUCGUAGCCCUCUAUCGGACAAAUGAGAAAAGUAGACACCAACUGAUUGUUUUCGUCCUCAUAGGUUAACGUAUUCAUUAAUAUUUUUUUCUUGAAAUGAGAUGUGAGGAAAUAGAAAAAAUUCGAAAUUACGAAGAAAGUGUAUAUAUGUACUUACACAUUAAUUAAAAACUUAUUUCAUGUUUGCACAUUGGCUUAGUUGUGCGCAAAAAAAAUGCGCAGAGACGUAAUAGAUGUCUAACAUUUGAUGUUACCAAACAAAAUAAUUAAUACCAAAUACAGCCUAUUGAAAUACUUGAAGUAUUGAACUUCGUUGAUAUAUAAACACGUAAAAUAUUUUAAUACUAUUUGUUGUAAUUUUAUAUAAACUUAUUUAAAAAUCAUGGCGUCAGCUUCGAGUACUAGUGCUCGCAGUUUAUUUGUUGAGUCAAAAAUGAGAUUGGCUGAUAGAGUUCAAGUCAACGUAAAUAAUACUGCUUCCCUUGCAAGGCAAAUACAAAGAGGUUCAAAAAGUAGUGAUAUAUUAAUGCAUAGUGCAAAAAAUUUUGCACAACAGGAACAUGGUUUAGAAACUGCAGAAACCAAUUUACAAAAACUUGCCCUUGUCGUUACAGAUUUAGAAUAUCAGAUGGAGUCUAUCAGAAGGAUUUGUAUAAAAUUAGAAGAAUUUAAUCAACAAGUAGGUGCCAUGCAAAGAUAAAUUGCACUUAUAAAAAUUUGUUACAAACUUAUUGGUAAUAUAUGACUUAUUUUAUAUACUACUUUAUACUUUUGUUUUUUCAUGAUUGAAGUUCAUGAUAGAUCUACUAUGAUAAGUUUUCAAUUGUAUAUAGUAUAUUUAGAAAAAUGUUUCUACAUUUAUUCAAAUAAAUUUGUAUAUAUUCUAGUUUCAUGUAAUUUGUUACAGUUCUAUAAGAAAUGUUAUUUACAUGUUUGUAUGAAAUGAUACAAUUGAACUUCUACUGUGUAGGAUGAUCUGUUAAAAAUAGACUGUCUCACUAUUUUCAAUUGAGUUGAUAUUACAAAUAAUUAUGAUAAAAAACUGUACAUAUAUAGUUACAAGAUAGAUAAAUCGAGACUGUCUUCUUUCCACAAGUUUUUAGCUGUCAGAAUAGAUAAGACAUUGUGGACAGUUAUAGUAAAAAAAUUUGUUUUUAUAUAGAGUAAUUGUACUUCUAAUAUUUUGUAUACUCUUACUAUAAAUUGAAAUUGUAUUACAUUUAUUUCCACUGAAACACAAUUAAAUUAUGAAAUAUAAAAUAUAUUAUAUCAAAUGUAUUAGAUUGAUUAAGAAGCAGUAGUUGAAUCAUGAGUGUAACAGUACAAUUUUUGUUGCCUAGAAGUUUACCAUCAUACUAAGAAAAAUGAAUACAUCAUUUUCUGAAAAUUUUUUUAAAAAUUUGUUCAAAAUAUUAACUUAAUAAAGAUAUUGAGAUGGCCUGCUUUAUUGAAUCACCUAUUUCUACAAGAAAUUAUAAAUUAAUAUUUCGUUAUAUUAAAAUUAUGAUUUAUGUACCUUAAUAAAAUGUUCUUAUUAAUUAAAAAUACAAUUAUUGUAAAAAU